GCGCGUGUUAUUCCAGCUCGUCCGGUGGAGGUCAUUCCGGUCAAAUCAUUCUCCAACGGAAUUCCCAACUGACUGCCCGUGCGGUCCGUUUUCUUCCCGCCAUUAAAUCUCUGUAUUAAAUCCCUUUCCUCCCACAACCAAUCUCCUCACUCUGCACACAUUCAUCAUUCUCUGAUUUCUCUCAAUCACGCGAAGCUUCUCUUUCUCUCUCUAGAAGAACCGCCAUGGCCGCCGGUGCUCUGCAACUGCAGAUUCUCCUCGUCUUACUCAUUCUCAUCUCGCUCUUCAUCUCCGGAGCUACGACGGACGCCGUUUCCCGUUCAGAUUCAUCGUUAUCUCCGGCGUUUGCACCGUCGCCGGAGCAGUACUCGUACGACGCUCAACUUUAUGCGCCUCCUGUCUUCGCGAACAUUCUGCGUGCUCUAGGUUUCGAGGAGCUGUCCGCUGCUGCCGCCAGCGCUAAUCUCUCAACCGGCGCUCCGAUCACCAUCUUCGCCCCGGCUGAUUCAUCGAUUCUCACAUGCCACUCGUGCGUUCUGCGGCUGCUUCUACACGAGCACUCUGUUCCUGGACUCUAUCCGCUCGAAUUCCUUCGGAGGUUGGCGUCUGGUACUAAGAUCCAGACUCUCGCCGACAACCGAUGCCUUACCAUCACCACUUCCGCCUCCGUGAUUCGGGAUCAAGCGACGGUUUUCAUCAAUGGCGCGAUGAUCACUCAGCCAGAUCUGUUCUACAAUGGCGUCAUCGUGAUUCACGGCAUUCAAGGCUUCGUGACUCAUCUAUCGCCGAUGUCGUGCAGUAUGGAGCACACCAAUUCUCUCUCGUUUCCUCCACAGCCGUCAUCGGUUUCUUCAUCGGAAACGAAGAAAUCUAUCAUGCCUCUGAUGCUGAAAGACGCCAUCAUCCGAUUGGAUAACAGUCACCACAGAAUCGUAGCCUUGGCGAUGCGAGUGAAAUUCGCAGAGCUCUCAAAGCUCAAAUCCAUGACUGUCUUCGCCUUGGAAGACUCCCAUCUCCUGGCCGGUAACGGAUUUCUGUAUCUCUCUAAUUUUCAUUUUCACGUGGUGCCGAACCGGAGGAUCCUUUCCUCUGAGAUGUUGAGCCUGCCGCAGGGAAGCAUGUUGCCGACUAUGGAUCCUCAGCACAGUCUGGUGUUGACCACCGCCGGCGAAGGAGGCAGAGUCAAGCCAAUGAGAAUCAACUACAUAACCAUUCCGAGUCUAGAUCUGAUGCACAACAGCAGAAUUGUGAUCCAUGGGGUGUCUUCACCAUUCCCCCACAUGUUCAAGCACAUGGACAAUGGAGAUGAUUUUGGGGAGAUGGAACAGUCGUCGAAGUGUGAUUUCACAUUGGAAGGUGGUGACAUCUGCGACGACGUAGAUCCACCAACGCCGGCCGGCAUGCCAUCAACGGUGGAAAGCGACAUGGCCUCCAUGUGAAAUCCCAUUUCUGCUUUGUUUCUGUUUGAGCAUUGAGUCAAUCAUUAUAUUGACUGUAUGGCUAUAUGGUUGAUGUUGCUUUGUGUGACUUUGUUUGACUUGUACCUUCUCAUACAAGUCCAUUUUCAGGGCAGUUACAUAAGUCU